AUGGGCAACACUGGCCUCGACCUUCGUUUCGAUGACGACUGGGGCAUCCUGGUGCAGUCUGUGGAUCCACUUCCCGGCCAGCCCGGCCUGGCAGAGGGCGACUUCAUCGUGGCCAUCGAAGGAUGCUCGCUUCGACACCGUUCGCACGAAGAGUGCGAUGCAGUUUUCUCUGAGCGGCUCCAGCGGCCUGGCUUCUACUCGUCGGAUGACCUCUCAUGGCUAGGAAGUGCCGUGACCGUGAUGAGCAUCGGAAUGGCGAAGGGCUUUUCGAAGCAAGUCGGAAUCGCCUGA